CAUCACUGUUGGCUGUAGUUUGUUUUGGUCCCGGUGGCUCCCUGACUGUACGCGGUCUACUGUGGCUUCAAUGGGGGGAAGAAACUGCUGCGUUAAAAACUGCCGCCGUCGGUCUCACGACCACCACGGCAGGAAGCUCCCCAACGGCCUGACCUUCCACUGUUUCCCCGCCUGGAGGACCAACGAAGGCGGCCAGAUAUCGGAGCUGACGAGGCGGCGGAGGGCGGCUUGGGUGGCCGCCGUGGGCCGGAGUGACAUCACCUUCGACAGCAUCCCGUCCUCCAUGAGGGUCUGUUCUCGACACUUUUACUCCGGUAGACCAGCGUAUGAGAUGCUGGAGUCAGAUCCAGACUGGGCUCCGUCUCUAAACCUCGGUCAUAAUGACGGAAACUUGAGACGGGCCGAACGGGUCCCGCUGUCAGUGCAGACAAAGAAGAAGCAGAAACAGAAAAUGAUUUUAAAGAAGAGACCAGUAGUGGCUUUCACAGCUCCUCAGACACAAUCAGAAGAUGGGUUCCCACCACUACACCUGGAUCAACAUGAAGAAGACUCCGGACCGGCUAACUAUCUACUGCUGUCAAUGAAGUCAAAGAAGAAGCAGAUAAAAAAGAAAAAGACAGAAACAAGACCAACGGCGACAUCCACAACUCCUCAGACACAAUCAGAGGCAGCAGAAGAUUGGGUUCCAUUUUUACACCUGGAUUAUAGUGAAGGAAGCUCACUGUCAGUGAAGUCAAAGAAGAAGCGGAUAAAAAGAAAAAAUACGGCGAUGUCCACAACUUCUCAGAUACAAUCAGAGGCAGCAGAAGAUUGGGUUCCAUCUUUAUACCUGGAUCUAAAUGAAGGAAACUCGCUGUCGGUGAAGUCGAAGAAGAAGGAGAUAAAAAGAAAAAAGACGGAGACGAGACCAGCAGAGACGUUCAAAGUUCCUCAGACACAAUCAGAGGCAGCAGAAGAUUGGGUUCCAUCUUUACACCUGGAUUACAAUGAAGGAAACUUGCUGUCGGUGAAGUCAAAGAAGAAGCAGAUCAAAAGAAAAAAGACAGAGACGAGACCAGCAGAGGCGUUCAAAGUUCCUCAGACACAAUCAGAGGCAGCAGAAGAUUGGGUUUCAUCUUUACACCUGGAUUACAAUGAAGGAAACUUGCUGUCAAUGAAGUCAAAGGAGAAGCAGAUAAAGAAGAAAAAGACGGAGACAAGACCAACGGAGACGUCCACGACUCCUCAGACACAAUCAGAGGCAGCAGGAGAUUGGGCUCCAUCUUUACACCUGGAUUAUAAUGAAGAAAACUUGCUAUCGGUGAAGUCAAAGAAGAAGCAGAUCAAAAGAGAAAAGAUGGAGACGAGACCAGCAGAGACAUCCACAACUCCUCAGACACAAUCAGAGGCAGCAGAAGGUUUCAAGAAGCCGUCGGUUCCUCCCUGGAGAGAUGUAAAAUCUGUGCUGCAGUCGCUCAUUCAGAUCAACACCAACGUCAGUAAGAAGCCUGAAGACGAAACAGUCGACCGUCCAGCCGCAAACAACACAGAACUCAGCUUCAGGGACUUCUUCAGAAAUGCUCUGGAGGCGUCUCUGGAAGCCUCCAUCAGGUCCAGAGCUCAGUCCAAGGCGUCGUCCUCCAACUCUGAGCUCACGGUGGAGCUGAACCUUCAAGUUCCACCUCUGAAGGGAAAGUCAGACGCCUCCUCUUCAUCACUUCCUGUUUCCUCGUCCUCUUCUUCCUGUUUGAACUGUGUCCGGCUGCAGAGGAGGGUGGAGGAGCUGAAGGAGAAGUUGUCUCAGUUUGCAGGAGAACAAGAAGACAUGGAGGCUUCAGCUGCUUGGAUCAAACCAGAGCAGAACCCUGAGACGAUCCACGAGAUAGAAGUGGUGGUUCCUGAAUGGCCGGAGCUGCUCUCACCUGAUCAGGUGGUUCAACGUGACGACAGCAAGGCGAGUCCAUCGGGCCAAAAGCGUCGACCGCCUCUUCGCUUCAGGAAGGAGUGGCUCAGCAUGUUCUGGUUCCUCCGCUAUUCGCCGAGCCUCGACCACAUGUGGUGCCACGUCUGCCGCCUUCACGCCUCCUCCAUGUACCACAAACUGGCUCUGAUCAAAGGCUCCAGAGUGUUCAAGAUGGACAGCAUCAAGAAGCACAGCAACACCAACUACCACAAGGAGAACCUGGAGCAAUACGUGAAGAGCGGAAACAGAAUUUCAUACCAAAUCCUCCUUUAGUUUCAUCAGGUUUCUGCUCGACGUCACUUUAGGAAGCAGGUAGAAGCUGCUGAAACAACACGAUCUGGGCGGUAGAACUAGGGAUCGAUCGAUUAUUGUGGCUGAUAUUUGGCAAUUUUACGAUCAUCAGUAUUGGCAGUUAUUUUUAUGUUCUGUUUCAGGUCUGAAUAGUCUGUCUGUCGUCACUCUGUGAUCUCAGAAAUGUCUGUUAAGGAGAGAAAACUGCACAAGAAACACAAACCGGGAAAUUAGCUUCUUUCACAGUGGCUACGCUAAGGGCUAGCGGCCACAGAUUAACCUGAAACAGAGUCUGGUAAACAAUAAGUAAUAACAGUUAUCGACCAAUAUGUUGUUUCUUUUCUAGGGCUGAUAGUUGAUAAUCAAGAAAUGCCAAUAACCGAUAUUUGGAACUGAUACAGAUGUUUUAACAGCAUGUGACAGCAGAGAACAGUCGUGUUAUUUAUCAGUGAAUGAGGUAAAUUGCAUGCUUGUAGCUGAGAGCAGUUUGAAGUUUGUGAUUAAAAACAUAUUUUUGGCAGCAAAUGUAAUUUCAAGGCUUCAUUUUCUAACAAUAUCAAGCUUAUUUUUGAGUUAUCAAGAGCAAAUAUUCUCAUAAAAUGUACAAAUAUACACAAAAUUAAGCCUAAAAUGAUUCAUAGUGAUGAAAAUCUUGAUUAAUAGUAAAUUUUUAUGCAACCAAUGUGCUUUUUCUGACUGGAAAUUAUGUAAAUCAGUGACAAAAGUGGUACGAUGUAAGGAUCCCCAUACUCAUUCUGAUUAUUGAUGAUCAAGAAAGGCUGAUAACGGAUAUUUGGAGCCAAUAUACAUUAAAUGUAGUGUUUUGACAGCAUGUGAGAACAGAGAAUAUGACAUUCAUGACUAGGCAUCUUCAUUAAUAAGGGCAACUGUAACUGAAUAUAUAAAAUAGGAAUGGGAGGGAUUAAAUCAGGAUGCUGUCCUCUGUUUAUAUGAGAUUGAUCAGUUUGUCUCCUGCAGGUAUGUCUGCUGUUCUUCUGUUUUCUUAAUAUUUCACAGUUUUAUCACUUUUAUUGCCCAUUAAGGUCGAGAUCUUAAAGAAUUAUUAAUUAUUGUUUUCCAGACUCUGUUUCAGGUUAAUCUGUGGCUGCCUUCUGACUUAGCCGCUAGCCGUUAGCAUAGCCGUUAGCCACUGUGACAGAGAGAGGAAGCUGAUCAGACCUGAAGUAGAACAUUUCAUUUAUCAAUUAUUGGUCAAUAAAAAUACAGAUAAUUGAUAAAAUACCACAUAUUGGCAAAAAAAAUGGUCUCUACCUAAUUUGUAAUGUUGAAAAUGCAGGAAAACUGAACAAGUACCAAGCAAACCAGGAAAUUAGCUUCUCUCACAGUGGCUAACGGCUAUGCUAACGGCUUACGACCAAGUUAGAAGGCGGAGUAGUGCAUUAAUUGAUCAAUUAUGGGUCAAUAAAAAGACAGAUAAUUGAUAAAAUACCAAAUACUGGCAAAGAAAACGGUCUCUACCCAAUUAAUAAUGCUGAAAAUGCAGAAAAACUGAACAAGAAACAAGCAAACCAGGACGUUAGCUUCUCUCACAGUGGCUAACGGCUAUGCUAAUGACUAGCGGCUAAGUUAAAAGGCAGCCACAGAUUAACUCGAAGAGUCACUCCUAUUUCUAUUUUACCUAUUCAACUAUAGUCACCCAUAUUGAUGAAGAAGCCUAGUAAUGACUGACAGGUUCUCUGCUGUCACAUGCUGUUAAAACAUUAUAUUUAAUGCAUAUCGGCUUCAAUUACCAGUCAUCCUCUUUCUUAACCUCCAAUAAUUAGCCCAAUAAACCCACAAACCGGUCGAUCCCUAUGUAACACACUAGAUUCAAAGACUAAAACUGCCAAAAAGGGCUGCAGCUAAUCAUUAUUUUUAUUUUUGAUUGUUACAAACAACCUCACACCUUUAUACCUCAUAAACUUUGUGUUCAAACAUAGAAAUCCUGUUUUUUCCAGCUGUUAAAGAGCUGUAGCAUCACUGGAGGAUGUAGUUUUUGUAAAAAUUAAUCUGCAUUAAAUACAGAGUGAUUUCUAAAACAUAUUGAUUAUUUUAGGAGAAUUAAACCACUGUGGCUAAACAAACACUACUGUAAACUGAUAAUAUGUAUGAAAAUGUGUCUCAGUGUAUAUUUUCCUGUUUGUUUUUCUGUUUUCCGACAGUUUCUCGACCUUUUCAUGCCUUUUACUGUAUAUUUGAAAGUUCUGUCAUUAUCUACUGAAUGCUACUUUUUUAAAAAGACAUUAUUUUAAAUGUUUUAUAGUUUUGUAUUUUUUUUAUAUCAAUCAUAAAAAAUAUUAACAUCCAACAAACCUUUCAGGGUUUCACAGUCUGUUAUUUGAAUUUUGAGUUUUGUGUUACUCCUGAU